AAGUACACGGACACACCCUCCAUGCAGGUAGUUAGACACCUUAAAGCCCCGCCCUCUUUCAGGUGGAAGCAAAAAGCUCCGCCAGCCUCCAUCCAUCACCAGAACCUCCAAGUCCCACACAGAACUGAACGUUUAACCCUCAUCAAACAAAAAAUGGAGCGAACGCUGACCCUGUUCUUCGCCACGCUGGUGGUUUUGGUGACAUCGGGCGUCCAGGCACAGCUGUCAUAUGCCACGAAUACGACGGUUAACGUCACCGGGACAGGAUGUGGGUCCAGCAAACUGUGCGUGGACACGCCAAGCGGCUGUGACCCUACAGGAAACAGCAGCUGCUUCUUUGGCUCCAUAAAGGUCAAAAACGUGACGACAAACCAGUUCUCCUUCCAGCUGAGUGGAAACUCCACGGGAUACGUCGCUCUGGGGCUCACCGUGAAUUCUUCUGCGGGCUCCACUUUGCUCUUUGCGUGCGCUCGCAAAGCCUCAAACAACGCGUCGAUCAUCUUCCUGACCUCGCUCAUGAACAACGCGGGUGGAAAUCUGACACAAGGCAACGCGAUGGUGACAGAAAUUCGAGGACUGGUAAAUAAUAACCAGAUCCAGUGCGAGUUUGAUGUUUCGGGGCUGAACGCCACCAACUCCACCUUCCUCAAGAGCAGCCAGGACACCUCCUACGUAAUCAUCCUCGGCUCUGGACAACUAAACAAUGAUGGAUCUCUCGGGACCUUGACUAAAAUCCUGAGCAGCCCAACUCUGGACCUCAGCAACCCGUCAGCAAACGUAGCCAGUACCACCACUGCACCCACAAGCACCACAGCAACAACACAUACCACAACAUCAGGGACGGACCGGGCGCUCUUCUCCGAAGGUGUGCUGCUCCUGAUGGGCGUCCUCUCGCAGUUCGUCCUGAAGAUGGCCUGACUGGGUCCCGGUUUAAAGCUUUAACCGGUGAAGACAUGAUGAAGGAAGCUGGUGGUUAAAACAGCAGCAACUGAGUGUUUUUCUGUCCAAGAAGUGUUUUUUUUUUCUCCUGAACUAAUCUUUACAUGUUUUUUGCACAACAGUAGCCAAAAGAUGAAGAAUCUAGUGAUGUACAGUCUGCACUCAAUCUUUAAUAAUCGAAGAAAGAAUGUCUUAAUUUUGUACUUCUUAUCUAAUAAAGUUUAUACAUAGUAUUCUAUCUGCUAAUAACCACCUACUGUUUAUAUUAUCUUGUGAAUACCUACAGUCGUGUGUGAAGUCCUUUAAUAACUUGUCUGUUGAUUCAAGCUGACGUUCAGCCAUCAUUCUUUGAGAAGGACCGGUUCAAGGUUCUGUUUGGUUACUUCAAAUGAUUCAUCAGGAAUUUCCCUGUUCAUCAGAUGAACUGUAUAAUCUGAAAAACAAUAAAAAC